CGGAAAUGACGUCACGCAGCAUCAGUGAACGGUGAAGGUCGCGGAGCAAUGGCGGCAGCGGCGGCGCGGUUACUGCUGCGGGGACGCCGGCUCCCCAGUCCUUUCCUUCCUCCGCUGAUUCCCGGCAGAGGAGCCAAGCAAUGGCAGCCAGACGCAGCCUGGAUGGAGCAGUAUGCGGGUGCCGUCAUGUACCCAACAGAGGUCACGGCCAAGUGGAAACCCCCUCCCUGGAACGACAAGGACCCGCCGAAGGAUCGCAAUGUCUCCAACUACGUGAUUAACUUUGGGCCACAGCACCCGGCAGCCCACGGAGUUCUACGGCUAGUGAUGGAGCUGAGUGGCGAGUCGGUGAAGAAGUGUGACCCCCACAUUGGCCUACUUCACCGCGGCACCGAGAAACUAAUCGAGCAUAAGACUUACCUGCAGGCACUCCCCUACUUUGACCGUCUGGAUUAUGUGUCUAUGAUGUGCAAUGAGCAGUGUUACUCCCUGGCUGUAGAGAAACUGCUGAACAUCCGGCCUCCCAUUCGAGCCCAGUGGAUCAGAGUUCUCUUCUGUGAACUGACGCGACUUCUGAACCACAUUAUGGCGAUCACCACCCACGCCCUGGACAUCGGCGCCAUGACACCGUUCUUCUGGAUGUUUGAGGAAAGAGAAAAGAUGUUUGAGUUCUAUGAGCGUGCAUCAGGAGCCCGCAUGCAUGCUGCCUACAUCAGACCAGGUGGUGUCCAUCAGGACCUGCCCUUGGGUCUCAUGGACGAUAUCUACGAGUUCAUCAAGAACUUCUCUAUCCGCAUCGACGAGGUGGAGGAGAUGUUCACCGCCAACAGGAUAUGGAAGAAGAGGACAGUGAACAUCGGGGUGAUCAGUGCCGAGGAGGCACUCAAUUAUGGCUUCAGUGGGGUGAUGCUUCGUGGUUCUGGGAUUAAGUGGGACCUCCGGAAGACUCAGCCUUAUGAUGUGUAUGACCAGGUGGAGUUCGACAUUCCCAUCGGGAGCAAUGGGGACUGUUACGACCGGUACCUGUGUCGAGUGGAAGAGAUGAGGCAGAGUCUGCGCAUUAUCCUGCAGUGUUUGAACAAGAUGCCUGAAGGAGAAAUCAAAGUGGAUGAUGCCAAGAUCUCGCCUCCCAAACGAAGCGAGAUGAAGACAUCAAUGGAAGCUCUGAUACACCACUUCAAGCUGUACACAGAAGGCUACCAGGUGCCUCCCGGGGCUACCUACACUGCUAUUGAGGCUCCGAAGGGGGAGUUUGGUGUAUAUCUGGUUUCCGAUGGCAGCAGUCGGCCCUAUCGCUGCAAGAUUAAAGCUCCGGGCUUUGCCCAUCUGGCUGGCCUUGACAGAAUGGCGGAUGGACAUAUGCUUGCGGAUGUAGUGGCAAUUAUUGGCACCCAGGACAUAGUUUUCGGAGAAGUGGAUCGCUAGAAACCCUUCAGGAAGAUGAGCAGUUGGCUGAUGCAUUACUGCCGACUUCCUGUGGCGAGAACAGAGCUAGAGCUUUCCCACGUCGUUGCCACCUUCCCUUCACCAACCAUGUUCUGUCUGUAUGUGCCUGAAUGUAAAGUAAAUAAAUGGAAUGUCUGAG